GAAAAGGCAAGAACUAUUGGCAUGAUCCACGUUUUUAGUCUUUUUGCUCUCUAUGACUUUUUUCUUCAUUUUGAAUUUACUAAAAUAAUAUUAGGUAUUUCUGUUGGGAAAGCCGCGGGAAGGAAGAAAGGUGAGAAUAUGAAAAAAGGAGUUUUGUGUUGUUUUCAACGACGACCUCUUCUCCUCUCUCCUCCUCCUCUUCUUCUAUAUUACAAUUUCACCUCUCUUUUUCCCAGAUCAUCAUCAUCCUCUCUCUUUCUCUAGAUUUUGGAUAUUUCCUCGUAUCGGAUUCGAAAUCCUCUGUUUCUAAUUCCAACAAUGGCAACGGGAAAUAGAGCGAGACCAUUGCCAAAAUUUGGGGAAUGGGAUGCGACUAAUCCUGGCUCGGCUGAAGGAUUCACUGUCAUUUUCAAUAAAGCUCGCGAUGACAAGAAGACGAUGAAAACCGCUGUCGCAGGACCUGAGAGUAUUGUUUCACCUCCAAGAAAUGAAGAACCUCCUAAAAACAACAACAACCAUCAUCACAACCAUCACACCCGUCAUUCCCAAACCCCAAGAUCAAAGAAGAAAUGGCUUUGUUUUCGUUAACUCUGGUAUUGGCUCUGUUCUGAGAAAACCCGACGACAAGCAAGCAGAAUCGUGGAGCGAGUAAUCUCCAACAGAUUAUAGCGACCAAACCAGUGAUCAUCUAAGAUGUUGUUGCAAACUUCUCUUCUUCUUAUUGCUCGUUGAGUUUCUUUCUCUUUUGUUUUGGACACAUUUGGGUAUAUGAAUAUACGUUUUUCUUGAUGAUUCUUAGUUUCAUAAGUAUAUAUAAAGAUUGAGACAUGUUCUUUGUAGACAUGUCAUAAUGCAUAAUCGACAUAUUAUACGAUUACUUACAGCCU